AUUGCAGCAACAGCUUGUAGGAGGGAGCUGGACGUCUCUCGGUGGAGCAAAACCCGGAGCGGGGGCCAGAGGAGGGGGAGGAAGGGGACCUGCCCGUUUAGGGAGCCGCCGGGUUGCUGCAAAGAGGGGCGGGGAGAGGCGGGGGCGCUGCAUGCAACGCGCUGGCUCCAGCGGCGCCCGCGGGGAAUGUGACAUCAGCGGCGCCGGACGCUUGCGGCUGGAGAAGGUAGCUCGCCUCGGCUGCGCGGUGUACACCUCGCCCGGGGGAGGACGCGGACUAGGGCAGGCGGCCGGGAUGUCGGCGAAGGAGAGGCCAAAGGGCAAAGUGAUCAAGGACAGCGUGACCCUCUUGCCCUGCUUUUAUUUCGUGGAGUUGCCUAUAUUGGCAUCAUCGGUGGUUAGCCUGUAUUUCCUUGAACUCACGGAUGUCUUCAAACCUGUGCACUCUGGAUUUAGCUGCUAUGACCGGAGUCUUAGCAUGCCGUAUAUUGAGCCAACCCAGGAGGCAAUUCCAUUCCUCAUGUUGCUGAGCUUGGCUUUUGCUGGACCUGCAAUUACGAUUAUGGUAGGGGAAGGAAUUCUCUACUGCUGCCUGUCCAAAAGAAGAAAUGGGGUUGGACUGGAGCCCAACAUUAAUGCCGGAGGCUGCAAUUUCAACUCCUUCCUUAGAAGAGCCGUCAGAUUCGUUGGUGUUCAUGUGUUUGGACUGUGCUCCACAGCUCUCAUUACAGAUAUCAUACAGCUCUCCACAGGGUAUCAGGCACCAUACUUUCUGACCGUGUGCAAGCCAAACUACACCUCUCUGAAUGUGUCUUGCAAAGAAAAUUCCUACAUUGUAGAAGAUAUUUGUUCAGGAUCUGACCUUACGGUUAUCAACAGUGGCAGAAAAUCAUUUCCUUCUCAACAUGCGACCCUGGCUGCCUUCGCAGCUGUGUACGUUUCGAUGUACUUCAAUUCCACAUUAACAGAUUCCUCUAAGCUUCUCAAACCUCUCUUGGUCUUCACCUUUAUCAUCUGUGGGAUCAUCUGUGGGCUCACACGGAUAACUCAGUAUAAGAAUCACCCAGUUGAUGUCUACUGUGGCUUUUUAAUAGGAGGAGGAAUUGCUCUGUACUUGGGCCUGUAUGCUGUGGGGAAUUUCCUGCCUAGCGAAGAGAGUAUGUUUCAGCACAGAGAUGCCCUCAGAUCUCUGACAGACCUCAACCAAGACCCUAGCCGAGUUUUAGCCGCUAAAAAUGGCAGCAGCAGCGAUGGAAUUGCUCACACAGAAGGCAUCCUCAACCGAAACCACAGAGAUGCUAGCUCAUUGACAAACCUCAAAAGGGCAAAUGCUGACGUAGAAAUCAUCACUCCACGGAGCCCCAUGGGGAAGGAGAACAUGGUUACCUUUAGCAAUACCCUGCCUAGAGCCAACACCCCAUCUGUUGAAGACCCUGUCAGAAGAAAUGCCUCCAUUCAUGCCUCUAUGGAUUCUGCUCGAUCAAAGCAGCUUCUCACCCAGUGGAAGAAUAAGAAUGAAAGUCGGAAGUUGUCCCUGCAAGUUAUAGAGACUGAGCCUGGACAGUCACCACCCAGAUCCAUAGAAAUGAGGUCAAGUUCAGAGCCCUCCAGGGUGGGGGUGAAUGGAGACCACCAUGCUCCCAGCAAUCAGUACCUCAAGGUCCAGCCUGGCACUGUUCCCGGGUGUAACAAUAGCAUGCCUGGGGGACCCAGAGUGUCCAUUCAGUCACGCCCUGGGUCCUCACAGUUAGUGCACAUCCCCGAGGAGACCCAGGAAAACAUAAGCACCUCCCCCAAAAGCAGCUCUGCUCGAGCCAAGUGGUUGAAAGCUGCCGAGAAGACUGUGGCCUGUAAUAGAAGCAACAGUCAGCCCCGAAUCAUGCAAGUAAUCGCUAUGUCCAAGCAGCAGGGCGUCCUCCAAAGCAGCCCCAAGAACACCGAAGGCAGCACAGUCUCCUGCACUGGCUCCAUCCGCUACAAAACCUUGACAGACCAUGAACCCAGUGGGAUCGUAAGGGUUGAGGCUCACCCAGAGAACAACAGGCCCAUCAUACAGAUCCCGUCCACCGAGGGUGAAGGUAGUGGCUCCUGGAAAUGGAAAGCCCCUGAAAAAGGCAGCCUUCGCCAAACUUACGAGCUCAAUGAUCUCAACAGGGACUCAGAAAGCUGUGAGUCUCUGAAAGACAGUUUUGGCUCUGGAGACCGCAAGAGAAGCAACAUAGAUAACAAUGAGCAUCACCACCAUGGAAUCACCACCAUCCGGGUCACCCCAGUAGAGGGCAGCGAAAUUGGUUCAGAGACGCUGUCCAUUUCUUCCUCCCGCGACUCCACCCUGCGGAGAAAGGGCAACAUCAUCUUAAUCCCUGAAAGAAGUAACAGCCCUGAGAACACUAGAAAUAUCUUCUACAAGGGAACCUCCCCAACACGGGCUUACAAAGACUGAGUGAUGGAAUUCAGUCACUUGAGCGGCCCCCAAAAGACCGCAUGUUGAUUCUAUCUGUGCUCUGUUCCAGCGGAUUGAGAAGCCUUCUCAUCAAACUGGGUCAUCUACCAUCAGCCCGGAGCUCAAUGACUCUUGAGAACUACUACACUCAAGCUUGUAGAUUUCACACCAAGGGGAGGGAAAAGCACAAUGAAAGAACCUAAUUAAUGUGACAAUGUGAAGAAUCUUAAGACCUAUCUUCAAACUCAAAAGGUUUGCAGAAGGCAGUAUCAGAAGAAAGUGGUUUCCUUCUGUGUAUACUAUUUUACUUCCUGAAUGUGCCAACUUUAGGGAUUUUCUUUAUAAUUAGCUGUGGGAAUCCAGAACCCAUCUUUCCCUACAGCAGAGGCCAUGCAGUAUUAUAUAUUCAUUUUGCAGAAUCUGCACCUAAAGCUCAGUAAGGGUGGUGCUGAUUAUUAUAGUACAUAUACCAUGUAAACUCUCAAAUUCUAUUUAGCUGUGAAAUAGUGGUGUGCAAUUCCUUGUCAAAGAAAUGCUACUGUAUUAAGAAGAUGCUGGCUGCUUUGUGUUAGAAUAGGACACCCCACAGCUUCUCUGUAGUGGCUCUGUCACAGUCAAAAAAAAAUGAAAAGGUUUUGUGCAUUUCUUCAAAAUUAUGUUUUCUUCGACAACGAAAAUUGUGUAGGAAUAUUUUCAGUGAGAGGGAAUAACUAGUACUUUUCUACAUAGGUUUUUUUGGGUUUUUUUUUUUUGCUGCUUACUUUUUAUCUAAGUAUAGGUACUAUUACUGAUUCUGUUUUUUAGUGAGUAAAUUUGCAUCAUUUUAAAAAUACAUCAUUUUAGAGUCUUUUGAAAUUGUUGUGAUCAUAUUUUGCAUUUUAUGGCUCCUCCUUUAUUUAUUAAUAAAAAAUUUUUUUGAUGUUAUGGAUAUGUUUUUCUAUUUUUAAAGCAAGAAUAACAGUUGACAUUCCUUGAGCAAAAUAUAUCUCUGUGAAUUUAUAAACAACCAAUCUGAACCAACACUUGACAUUGUGGGUUACAUUGCCAGCAAUAUUGGUUGAGUCUACCCUUGGAUGACUCCAACCAGCUGGCUUUGGUUGCUAUCUUAACAAGUAAUCCAAAAAUUCAUUUUGUUCCAGAUUAUUAAUUUUUGAUAUACUAACAACCAGAAAAUUAGAGCAACAGGGGUUGGGUUUUACCUUCUACCCUCAGAUAUUUUUGUUAAUUGGACAUCAACAGGAAGAAUCUGA